CAUUUGGCUCGUUUGCAAGACAAGCAAACGUACCAGAGUCAUCUAGCGCCCACUUGUGGUGAAAGUCUUUGUUUUUCCCUAUUUUAACUCAUCAUUGAAGACGCUGUUUUGUUUUUCGGAGAUUCAUCAUGGCGAUGCAUACGAAGGCGACACCGCCACAGAUUCCCGACACCCGUCGGGAACUCUCGGAACUGGUCAAGAGGAAACAAGAACUUGCGGAGACAUUGGUGAACUUGGAAAGACAGAUCUAUGCAUUUGAGGGCAGCUACUUGGAAGACACCCAGAUGUAUGGGAAUAUCAUUAGAGGAUGGGACAGAUACCUCACCAACCAAAAAAAUUCCAACAGCAAGACAGACCGAAGAAACAGAAAGUUUAAGGAGGCAGAGCGUCUGUUCAGCAAGUCUUCAGUCACUUCUGUAGCAGCUGUCUGUGCACUUGGCGGGAUUCCAGAUCACAUGAAUGAAAAGCGUGAGCCCGGCAGUGGGACAGAGAGCGACACAUCCCCAGACCUCCAGAACCAGGAGAACGAACCCAGUCAGGAGGACACGGAGGACGCAGAUGGGGCACUGCAGGACCUCAAACCCCAGAAGGCUGCCUCGUCCUCCUCCGGAAGCCACCAUGGGAGCCACAAGAAAAGGAAGAACAAAAACCGACACAGCCCUUCUGCCAUGUUUCAUUAUGACUUUGAGUCCUGUUCCCUUAAUCAAGUUAUGAAAAGGUCUGCUCUUCCUGCCAAAAUGAGAUGGGGAGCUCACAGAUUCGACAUGAAGGUGAACAAAAAACCCCGAGCGGACUAUUCAACUUGAUGAAUGGGGGUGUUAAGCACUUCAGACCAGAACUGGCCACACAGGAGAAGUCUUCAGUGAAGCAGAGAAUCACUUCUCUGGGCUUUGUGGACUUUAUAUGCCUUAUGUUAACUGACUUGGUUUCUGCUUUGUGUAUAUUGCAUGAAAUGUUGCCCCUCCCCACCUGCAACUAGAAAUAUUUGUGUUUCAUGAUUUUCCUGCAGAAAAGUACAAGGUGUGUAAUUGCAUGUUACUCAAUACCCAGCUGGGGUUAUUGUAUAGUGUUGAACAUUCUAUGUUUAUCAUGUAACUUCACAUUUUCCUCUGCUCUUCUUGUGACAAUAACAAGAUUAUAUUUGUCGUUGUGUGGGUUUGUUAGCUCUAGAAUAUCCCAGCUUCUGUUAUUUUAUUUUGAGAUUUGUUUAGCAUAAAAUUGUAAUAAAACAUUGAAAUUAUAAAUAUUACUAUAUAUAGUUUAUGGUAAAAAUCUACAUUUGUGAAGGUCUAGCCCACCAGAAGCAUUGGAAAUGUCUUGCUGUUAAUCAAAAUCUCAUCUCUGUCUUUACUCUGCACUCUUCAGUGAUCAUAUAGUAGGGAAAUCAAUAGGGAAGCUAGUUUAUGACCAACAUCUGUGUCUGACGGCAUCUACUGUCUGGUUUCAUUGUGGCUUCUUCAUGGCCCUGUUACAUGCCAAGGUGCUCAGAUGAGGCUCUCUCUCUAGUCCACCAUCUUAUUGUCUCAAAUAGCUCCCUAUUCCAUUUAUACUACACUACAUUUUGAUUGGUGAAGUUUCAGUGAGUUCAUGGAAAUUGUUUUAGUACUGUGUUCACCUUCAAACAGCUUUAUUCUGACUCCCAAGUAUGAUUAAAAUAACUCUGUUUACACACAAAGAUAUGAAGCCAUUAUGGCAUUCCUACAGUGGCCGUUUCAGAGAUUUGAGUUUUGAUUUCUGAGCAGUGGCAGUUAAAGUGAACCAGGGGGCAACAGGCUGACAACACAUGACCCAUGCCAUGUUGGAGAACAGUGUACUAUAUGCAGUUUAAUUAGUAAUUGAACUACAUUUUACAGUAGGUUGGUUGGUACUUGAAUGAAAUUCAAAUAUUGGUGCUGUUUUCAGUAGGUAACUCGUUUGUUUGUUGUGUAGCUAACUACUGGAACUACACACUUUUGCAAAAGGAAAAUAAAAUGUGGCUGAAGUAGGCAA